GAGCGCCUCCCCGGCCGGGCUUCCUCCUCUUCCUCCUCCUCUUUCUCCGGAGCCGAAGUGGCACCUCGUCGCUUCUCCUCCUUCGGGGGCGAGAGGAGAGGGGCGCAGCGAUGGGGCCGGGGCGGUGGGCGAGAUCCGCUGGCCCCUCCGGGCUGCCCGCCCUCCUGUGCGCCGCCGGGUUCUUGCUGGGCGCCGGUGGGGCUGGAGGAGCCCCCCGCCCCCGUCCGCCGCCAGGUUUUCGAGAUGGCAUGAACGUUCUCUUCAUCGUGGCCGAUGACCUGCGUCCGGCCCUCGGCGCGUACGGAGUCCCCCUCGUGAGAUCGCCCAACAUUGAUCAGCUGGCCUCCCGAAGCGUUGUGUUCCAAAAUGCAUUCGCACAGCAAGCCGUCUGUGCUCCAAGCAGAGUGUCCUUCCUCACCGGGCGCCGGCCAGACACUACGAGGCUGUACGAUUUUGAUUCCUACUGGCGAGUGCAUGCAGGGAAUUAUUCUACUUUGCCGCAGUAUUUUAAAGACAAUGGCUACAUCACGAUGUCCGUAGGGAAAGUCUUUCAUCCAGGGAUUUCAUCAAACCACACUGAUGACUAUCCACAUAGCUGGACCUUCCCAGCUUUUCACCCAUCUUCUGAAAAAUAUGAAAACACAAAGGUGUGCAAAGGGAAGGAUGGGGAGCUUCACGCGAAUCUUAUUUGCCCCGUGGACGUGGCUGAGAUGCCCGAGGGGACUUUGCCAGAUAUCCAGAGCACUGAGGAAGCCGUCCGUUUGCUGAAUAUCAUGAAAGAAAGCCGGAGCCCGUUUUUCCUUGCUGUCGGGUAUCACAAACCACACAUCCCCUUCAGGUAUCCGAAGGAGUUCCUCAAAUUGUACCCCUUGGAAAAUGUCACGCUGGCCCCAGAUCCCUAUGUUCCUAAAGGACUCCCUUCUGUGGCUUACAAUCCCUGGGCAGACAUUCGCCGCAGGGAGGACGUGGCAGCCCUAAACAUCAGCUUCCCUUAUGGACCAAUUCCAGAAGACUUCCAGCGAAAGAUUCGUCAAAGCUAUUUCGCAGCUGUCUCCUACAUCGAUACCUUGGUUGGGAAGCUCUUGAAUGGCUUGGAUGACGCAGGACUCUCCCGUAACACCAUCAUAGUGUUCACAGCUGAUCAUGGUUGGUCGCUGGGCGAGCAUGGCGAGUGGGCAAAAUACAGCAACUUCGACAUCGCGACCCGCGUCCCGCUUAUGUUCUAUGUCCCAGGAAUGACCACCCCACUCCCUUCACCAGGAGAGAAGCUAUUUCCUAUUAUGGACCCCUUUGACCAAGUUUCAAGUCCAAUAUUCCAAGAGAAGCCCAAAGAAAUGGUUGAGUUGGUAUCGCUCUUCGCUACGCUUGCUGAACUUGCUGGAUUGUCCGUCCCUUCUCCUUGCCCUCAUCCUUCGUUUCAAGUCGUCCUGUGCACCGAGGGAAAAAGCUUGGUUCGCUAUUUCCCUUCCCUCCGUGAACCGCAAGAGAAUGGCCGCAACGAAGACAAUGAUUUUGAUCCACCUGUUGCUUUCAGCCAGUAUCCCCGUCCUGGAGAUACCCCAGAGUGGAACUCAGAUCUGCCGGCGCUGAACGAUAUAAGAGUGAUGGGCUACUCCAUACGUACUCCUGACUACAGAUGUACCAUGUGGUUUGGCUUUGACCCCAGCAACUUUACGGUCAAUCUGAAGGUUGUCCAUGGAGGGGAGCUAUAUUUUGAAGCCACUGACCCCAACCAAGAUCACAAUAUGUACAGAAGCCUGAUGUUUAGCCCUCUUGCUCAAAAGCUUUGCCAGAUCUUGGAAUGUUAAGCUUGGGACUGGCUUCCUGUCUGUAAAACUUUGCUGCAGAAUUGGUAGUCGUAUUGUUUUAGAGAGUUUUGUGUUAUACACAAAGAGGUCUCUUGAGUGAUAGCUUCUUUUGUAUGAAGUAAUCUCAAAUGUGCUGCGUUCUUGGUUUUUGAAAGAACCGUCCUCAUUAGGUCUUAGUUAAUAAAGACACCUGCUUUCAUUUUUCA